AUGCCACUGCUAAUAUCAGAAAUCAAAGAUAUUGCCAAGAAGCUGACUACUGCCACCGACAGAAAGCAGUAUAACUCUAUUAUUAAGCUCGUCAAUGAACUUGUCAUUCCAGAGGAUGUCUCCCAAUUGAAAGAUGAAGAGACGGAAAGAAAUUUGAGGUUCUUGAUCAUGUCGCUGUUCCAAAUAUUCAAGAAGUUGUUUUCUCGUAGCGAUUUGACUUUACCUUCGUCCAAAAAGGCCACUUUAGAGAAAGAACAAUUUGUUAAGUGGUGCAGAAAGGUUUAUGAAGCGUUCAAGGCGAAAUUAUUGAGCAUCAUUUCAGAUAUACCAUUUGAGACCUCUCUUGGUUUGGAUUCUCUCGAUGUCUAUUUGCAACUAAUGGAUCUGGAAUCUACACAUUUUGCAUCUAAAAAAGACGCUCCAUUUUUCCCUAAUAAAACAUUCAGGAAAUUGAUUAUUGCCCUAUGGUCCUCGAACAUGGGCGAACUAGAGAGUGCCAGGAGCUCUGGUGCGUCUGAAAACGUAAUCAUAAUAGAGUUCACCGAAAAAUACUAUAAGAAAUUCGCGGACAUCCAAUACUAUUUCCAAUCAGAAUUCAACCAGCUCUUAGAAGAUCCGGCUUACCAGGAGCUACUUCUUAAAAACGUCGGCAAAUGGUUGACACUGGCGAACCAUGAUGAACAUUGUUCCAGUGCGAAUGUAGAUUUGGAGGUGUUCGUACCAAACCCACCGCAAGCCAUUGAGAAUGACUCUAAGUACAAGUCGAACUUUGAAAAAAACUGGCUCUCUUUACUGAACGGUCAAUUAUCUCUUCAACAGUACAAAACUAUUUUGUUGAUCCUACAUAAGAGAAUAAUACCCCAUUUCCACACCCCAACUAAACUGAUGGAUUUCCUUACUGACUCCUACAAUUUACAAAACUCCAAUAACAAUGCCGGUGUUAUCCCCAUCUUGGCCUUGAAUGGUCUUUUCGAGCUAAUGAGAAGGUUUAACUUGGAGUACCCAAAUUUCUACAAGAAACUUUAUCAAAUCAUAAAUUCAGAUCUAAUGCAUGUCAAAUAUAGAGCAAGAUUCUUCAGAUUAAUGGACAUUUUCUUGUCUUCAACGCAUCUAUCAGCUCAUUUGGUCGCUUCCUUCAUGAAGAGAUUGGCGAGACUCACACUGGAAUCCCCACCAUCGGCAAUUGUGUCCGUGAUUCCCUUUAUUUACAACCUAAUCAGAAAACACCCCAACUGUAUGAUAAUGUUGCACAAUCCAGCUUUCAUUUCCGAUCCAUUCCAGACCCCUGAGCAAGUCGCCCAUUUGAAGAAUUUGAAAGACAGUUACGUGGAUCCAUUCAAUGUAACUGAAUCCGAUCCGGAACUGACACAUGCGCUUGAUUCCUCUCUGUGGGAGCUAGCAUCAUUGAUGGAACAUUAUCAUCCAAAUGUCGCCACCUUGGCCAAGGUCUUUUCUCAACCAUUUAAAAAGCUKAGUUACAACAUGGAAGAUUUCUUGGAUUGGAGUUACGAUUCAUUACUCAGUGCGGAAUCAUCAAGAAGAUUGAAAACUCUUCCUACUUUAGAAUUUGAGACGUUUGGAAGUGUAUUCGAUAAUGAAGAAGGUGAUGAAGAAUCAUCAUCACAAGAUAACGUUUACUUGCCUGGGGUAGCAUGGUGA